AUGUCCUUUAAGUGUCACGAUCGGAGCCACUUUGUGAAAUGGUUACUUGGAUCUGGUGAUGAACAUAAAAAACUGGACGUUCUUACAGCUGCACGGUUUGUUGCUCGAGUAUGGAAUGAAGUAUCGCCGAAAACAAUACCUAAUUUCUUUCAACAAACAAAGAUAUUUAACGAGAAACUCGAUAUCAAUGAUGACGACUUAAUGAGGAGUUAUGCACAGAUGUUAAAGGUCUUCACUUCGGAUGUCAAUUAUUCAGAAGAGAGUGAGACAGAGGAAAUACCAACCGAUAAAGAAAUCGUGGAUUUAGUCACAUAUCAAAAGCGGAGAUGA